AUGGCCCAACCACCUAUCACCAGCAUUAUCCCUCAAUUUACGCGCCUCCUCACAUCACCAUGGACGAGAGCGAAGACGCCUUAUGGUUUUGACGACGCUAUACAACGAGCACACCUGGAUGCUACCGAACAGAUCUUUUUGAGUGUUGACUUUAGAGCCUGGCUGUCAUUCUUUCUUGCACAAUCAAAACGCUCGGGACGUAGCUCUAACACUGCUGUCGAUCGUACCCGACGGCUCUCUGCUGAGGAUCAGCGGGAGGUCGCGAACCAGGUCUUCGCGGCCAAACCCCAUGCUACAGUGAGUGUAGCAGUGGAAAAGUUGCGGAAGAGGUACACCGAACUAUUAGGCGCUCCAUCUAGAGCGGUGCAGCCGGCGAUUGUGCCCUCAGUUGAAAGCCAUUUGAGGUCAUCGUCGCCUAUCAUGUCCUUCGCACAACCCGAACCUUUUUAUCAUGCGCUUCAAACAGCAACCACUGGAUCAUCCGACGGCAACCUUGCAACGAGUGCCGAAAUAAGUCUGCCCUUGACGGCUUCGACGAGUCUGGAAGUGUCUGAGCUGCAGACGCAGACCAUCGAAAAUCCUGCUGCCGAACAAUUACUUCAGAUUUUCCCUAUUUACUUGUGCGGUGCGAUUAGCAAAAUUGGCACAAGAGCCCGGAUUUCAAUGGUCUUCCCCUAUUCUCUCGACCUUGUUUGUCUCAUGGGACUAACUAUUGAGUCGAACAAGGUUGAGUAUAUCGCGAUGGAGCUAUUCGGGAUACAUCUUGAGACAGCGGGUGAAGUUCGCUAUAUGAUCCUGGACACUGGAGUGAGAGUUACCCCAGGGAAAGAUCUGACGCUAUCUGGUGCUCGGCCUAAGGGAAUAGAAAGGCUAUUAGGUCUAUCAAUGAGCCAGGAAAUUGACAUUAUCCGGAAAGACGAAAAAGAAAAAGCGAUUCCAGUUACCCACCUCGUCACCAUGCAGAUAAGCAGCGACGCCCGCAAGAAUGCGUUUCUCAACGUGUCUCUUCCACAGACAUAUGGACUCCAGAUUAGGAGAUCCUUAUUUUGA